GACACUUGAACGUGCCUCUUGGAGUCGGACCAUACACCUCGCAAGAGUCAGAGUUUGGCACUGAAGCGAACAUGGUUCUGACCUCGCUGUUUCUCGUCAUGCUGUCGGCAAGGCCCCUCUUGGGCUGGCAAACCUGCGCGACGGAUGAAUUCCGUUGCGACACGGGGAGAUGCAUUCCACGCAAGUUCGUUUGCGAUGCGUGGCUCCACUGCAAGGACGGCUCGGACGAGGCGAACUGCACGCCGUCCAGCUGCGCUCCGGGCGCCUUCUGGUGCGACAACGGUUGCAGGGCGAAGGAGGAGCGUUGCAACGGCAGGAAGUGGUGCAGCGACGGCGUCGACGAGAAAGACUGCCCCCCAAGGUCUUCCAACCAAACCUACAACUGCCCCGGUGCUGACGUGCGGUAUUACAAGCCGAGUGUGGUUUGCGAUGUGGACUGCAACUGCGACGAUUGCGGAGACGAGGCAAACUGCACCAAGAAGGAGCUCUGCAGUCGUGCUUCCGGCGCCUUUUUCUGCGACGGCCAGUGUCGUCACCGAGACCGCUGGUGUGACCGUGUGGCCGACUGCAGUGAUGGCUUCGACGAGCGGAACUGCCCGUACAACACGAACACGGGGAAAUCCACCUAACCGACCCAACUGUGUCCCCCAUUUUCCAAGUCUCUAUCGGGCGGCUCUUGAAUUGUUUUAGAGUGGCGGCCACACUGCACAGAGUGUGAGUAGUACAACAAAAAUACAACGAAAUCUGUGAUAACAAGUUUAACGAUGAUUGUGAAAGAACAACCAGAAUUGUGAAAAGUACGAGGCCUGGACUGCACUCGUCGUGCGAGUCCCUUUGUUCUUCGUACAAUAAUUGUUUUACUUUUGAAGUACAAUUCAUCCCUGAUAACAGAUAAUUUGCCAGGAUGUGUUGGGUUGUUGUUUCAGUCUUUUCUAGCGGUUUCAGCAUUUGCCCAUCAGGCGGAGUGUCAUUCUUUUUGCCAUAUUCAGGGCAGUACCACUUUGCUAGAAGAAAACCACAACAAAGCUAAGAAUUCCUGGCAAGUUUUUAUCAGGAAAAAAAUGUACUUUCAAAGUACAACAACCGUGGUACAAAGUAAAAUAGAACUCGCAUGACGAGUGUAGUCCAGCCCAGCCCAGACCUCGUUGUACAUUUCUUUCAGAGUUUUCGUUGUCCUUUUGUUGUACUCAUCACAAUUUGUCUUGCAGUACAGAUCUGACAAGGCCCGCGGCCCCCGGUGCGGCCACUGUUUUGAGACCAAAAUAAAGAUAAAGAUUAAGUAA